CUCAGAAGCCAGUCCCAUUAAGUCCAGUGAGGCCUACUCCAAAGCAAACAUGUCCAUGAUUAUGAGAGGGAAAGCUGGGUGAGGUCAGAUCCUUUGCCAACUUGAAGCUCUGCUAAGUGCUGGAGUGACAACGCAACUGCUCCUUGCUGAGCACGCAGCGAGACGGUGGUCGGGAAACUGGGGCACCGCAGGGCAGGGUGGAGAGGCAGCCUGGGAUCAGGGACGCCGCGAGGGCGGCACAAUGGCAAUAAGUCGCAUUGCCGCAAAGAGCUGAAGAGAGUGUGUGCGAGGGAGAGAGAGCGCAGGCUGCUGGCUGGGCGUGAGGGUCCGGCUGCUUAGGAAGGAGGGAGCCUCCCCCGGCCCUCCUACUUCUUCUCCGACCGCUUCCCUGCACUGUAGCCUGGGCCUGGGCCGGGCCGAGAGGCACUCAGGAAAAGAGGCUUUGAAACUUUGCAGAGUGGCCGUCGCGCUGGGGCAAUGUGGUUGCUGUGGCUGCUCCUGGGCUCGGCGGAAGGCCAACAGUUGCCUUGGAAUAACUUCACAAAUGAAUGUAAUAUUCCUGGAAACUUCAUGUGCAGUAAUGGACGUUGCAUCCCGGGAGCCUGGCAGUGUGAUGGGUUGCCAGACUGUUUUGACAAAAGUGACGAGAAGGAAUGCCCAAAAGCCAAAUCCAAAUGUGGCUCCACCUUCUUUCCCUGUGCAAGUGGAAUUCACUGUAUCAUUGGUCGCUUUCGAUGCAAUGGUUUUGCGGACUGUCCUGAUGGCAGCGAUGAAGAAAACUGCACAGCAAAUCCCUUGAUAUGCUCUACUGACCGAUUUCACUGCAGGAAUGGCUUGUGCAUUGAUAAAAGCUUUAUGUGUGACAAUCAGGAUAAUUGCCAUGACAACAGUGAUGAGGAUAGCUGUGGAAACCCUUCAGAAGCUAGCAGUGACCAGAAUUAUGUGACCACAGAGCCUCAGCUAAUCUUCUAUCCCAGCAUUACCUAUGCGGUCAUUGGCAGUUCAGCUAUUUUUGUUCUGGUAGUGGCCCUUCUCGCCCUGGUCCUGCAUCACCAACGAAAACGCAACAACCUUAUGACACUUCCUGUGCAUCGACUGCAGCACCCUGUCCUCCUGUCCCGGCUGGUUGUCCUUGACCAUCCACAUCAGUGCAGCGUCACCUACAAUGUCAACAAUGGCGUCCAGUACAUGUCCAACCAAGCCUACCAUAGGCCACCAGAUUUAGACUCCCCACCAUCUUAUUCAGAAGCUGUACUAGAUCAAAGGCCAGCAGUCUACAUCAUUGCUGUUCUGGGGCUAGGAAGAAUGGCUGGCAUCAUGCAAAAUGAAAUGUUCUAUAGCCCAAUAUCAACCUGUGCAAACCGACCGCCAUGGUUUGAUCUUCCUCCACCUCCUUAUUCCUCAGAAUCAGAAUCCCAGAAUCAUAUAGAACUUCCUCCUUAUCGAUCUCGGACUGGAAGCAUUGUGAGUGCAGAUGCUACAGUAGCAAGAAGUCCAGAGACUGUGGGAAGAAGUCGAACAAGAAGCACCAUUGCCAGUAUGGAUUAUCAUAAUGCACUGUGUGCAAUUACAGCUGAGCAGAGUGACACACUGAUCAACUCAGAUUCUGUCAGAGCACUGUAAAGUUAUUUAUGAGGUUCUUAUGGAUGUCUGUUUGGGGUUGGACUGGACCUCAGAAGUGCAGAAUCACUUGGAUGUCUUCUACACAAUGACUGCAGUGUAUUGGGGAGAUUCACUAGUGCAUGCCCUGUUGAAAUGAACUGGAGCUGUGCAAGCCCCAUUAAAACAACUUAUGUCACUUGUUUCAAGGGACUGUGAACAGGAAAAUGACACUAGUGGCCUCAGCCAUGUUAGAUUUCAAUGUUUCGAGUUCAUGGGAACAGUUCUAGAGUCUCAAUUCAGAUUCACUCUGACUUUCUGUAACACAUCAUGCUUUUAAAAUAUUUGAAGGGUAUUGACCGUGUGCAUGUGUCAUAAUAUAAUACAUACACGUGAGCCUAGAUAUAUUCCUGUGUUUCAAAACAUCUCUAUCUGGAUUUUUUAAAAUGUAUAUUUAUGUAUGUAAGUAUGUAUAUAAUAUACUAGUAAAUGAAGCUUGCAUUAUGCAAGUGUUGAUCUGUGUUGCUGGUGGUUACUGGAAGCCCCACCAUGGAAAAAAAAUCCAAGCCUGAAGAGGCAGUAGAACUCAUAGAGCCAAACAUUCUGCCCUACAUACGGUUUGAUUUACUUACUUUAUGCUAGAAUCCUGAACUCUCUUAUGAGACUUUAUGUCCGUGUUUUGAUGGUUAGAUGGAAAAAUGUCCAAUCUCCAGACUCGUCUAGUAAUCACAGUGUACCUAAUGUCAUCCUUUUCCUCAGUGGUUAAGACUUUGAGAAGUUUCUCUUUCAGACUUCUGUAGCAAUGAUUAGUGUGCCUUGCAUUACAAGAGUAACAGAUUUCAGCUUCCAAUAUAGCAUGGGAAUAGCUUAACCAUUUAGGGGGUUCAUUUUGAGUCCUGCUUUGACAGAUGUACGAAUCUCUCUCUCACUCUCAAGCUUUUCUGGCAAUUAAGAUGUUUCAGGCUAUAUGUGUGCCAAAAUUUAUUUUUCUGGUUGCUCAGAAAUACCUUAACCACUUAGAAGCAUGCUUUAAUUUCCCCAUUUUAAGAGAGAUCAUGUUUUCAUUCCCCCCGCCUUUUUUUGGUUGUAAUUUGAAGUGCCUUGGAAUAUGCAGGUACCAAAUUUCAGAGCUGUAGCUAAUCAGGAAAUAACUUUUGAUAUCCUAGGAGUUAGACCUUUUUCAUACAGAAAAAAAUCCUGUUUAUUCUUCAUAGUGUUUGCUGGAUGAAAUUAUGAUUCACACUGUACGCAACAAGCUCAUUUGCUACAUACACACCAGCAUUUUCAGGCAUAUAAAUAAAGUGCAAAGAGGAGGUACAUGCUACAACUUGUCCUUGAAUGAUUACCAACAUGCAUCUAUGCUGUACACUGUACAGUGUUUACCACUGCGAACACUGGUACACACAGGGCACUCAUUGCUGCAUGGUGUGGCUCAGUCUUUAAAAUGAUCAGGGCUUCAUUCAGAUAGCCCUUAACCAGUGAAACUAAGGUACUGCAUUUACAAGUUUUAAUCGAAUGCAGUGUUUCCUCUUUUAAUAACUGUCCUUACUGUACAAUGCAUUUCUUUAGGCUGUAUAUUUGUACAUUUGUGUUGAAAUAUUUAGUUUUGGACUUCUAAAAUAAAUACUUUUUUAAUGGUAUGUUUUUCAUUUUCCCUGCUCAAACUAAGAAUGUGCUUGGUUAUUAGAGCAGUUUUUAAAAAUAUAUGAAUAAGGUAUACAUAGGGCAGUAUAAGGGGACUGUGCUUUUUGAGCUCAGUGUAGGAAAUUGCUUGGUAACAGGACACAUAAGACUAGCAUGUCUACUGUGCACAUUUGGUAAAUAUUAAAAUAUCCUUCAAAGGCAGAUUUAUUUUCAUAUUCAUAUAUCUUAAUAUUUAUUAUGUCCUCUAAUGUGGAAACAUUAAACCCCUCAAGAGGCUAUCAAUUUU